AUUUAACCCCCUGAGCGCCGGGUCUAUUAGCGGCCAGAUUUUCCCGAAGAAGGGGGCAUUCCCCACAACACUCUUUCCUUUCUGCUCCCCGCGCAAGCCCUAAAGCCAUCAGUAGGGGCAGCUCGGGCAGCGGGAGAGGCAGCAGCUGUAUUCGGAGGAGGCAGUGCAUUGCACUGCGCAUCCUCCCUCCCCACCCCCUACUGCUUCAGGCUUCCUCCCUUCAUCCCACUAUCCGCCCCCUCCCCCGCAUCCCUUCCUCCUGCAUCCUUCCCUCCUGCAUCCUUCCCUCCUGCAUCCUUCCCUUCUGCAUCCCUCCUUCCUUCCUUCCUUUCCUCCCUCCGUCUGCCUGCGUAGAGCCGCGGACAUGGCGCUCAGCAAUUUCCUCUUCGCUCAGUGCAUCUGCUACUUCCUCGCCUUCCUCUUCAGCUUCAUCGUGGUGGUGCCCCUCUCCGAGAAUGGCAACGACUUCCACGGCCGGUGCCUGCUCUUCACCGAGGGCAUGUGGCUCAACGCUAACCUGACGGUGGAGAGGCAGCGUUUCACUGUACAAGAGUGGGGGCCCGAGGCUGCCUGCCGCUUCAGCAUCUUCACCGGGCUCCUCUCCCUCCUGCUGGCCACAGUGCAGGCCUGGAGGACCCUCUUCUUCCUCUGCAAAGGGCAUGAGGACUCUUUCUUUUAUGCCUUCCUGAAUCUGCUGAUCAGCGCCUUUGUGGUGUUUAUCACAUUUAUUGCUAGCACUAUAGUGAGUGUAGGAUUUAACAUGUGGUGUGAUGCAAUUACCGAAAAAGGAAGCAUGCCAAAUAGCUGUGAAGAAUUACAGGAUAUAGAUCUUGAACUGAACUUAGAAAACUCUGCUUUCUAUGACCAGUUUGCUAUUGCGCAGUUUGGUCUCUGGGCUGCCUGGCUGACUUGGCUGGGAAUUACCAUUCUGGCUUUCCUGAAGGUUUAUCACAACUACAGACAGGAGGACCUGCUAGAUAGCCUGAUUCAUGAGAAGGAGCUGUUGCUAGGAAGAUCCUCUUCACGAUCCUCUUUGCAAGAUGAGAAAAGUGGCAUGAUCUAAAGUGUAAGCAAAUUUCCAGGGCAGGAUGUAGAUUUUAAUAUUCAGUAGUGUGAGCUGAAGUUGAAUCAGGGUAUUAAGUGUUGGAGAACUUUUCUUUCCUGAAAAGAGAUGUACUUGAGAAUCACCCACUUCCUCUAUGAGAAACUGUUGGCAGAAAUGUUCAUAUUGUAGUACAGAUACUGUAACCUGCUCUUGCCAGCAGAGUUCCUACUGCCUUUUGGGGUGGGGGCCAUUUUUGUGGACUGAGCUGGCAAUACCAGGCUACAGAGUCCAGGAUAUUUCUUCAAACUAUUCUGAAACAACAGUUGUCACUGUGGCUGUGUGCAGUUCCUCUUCCCUCCCUCUCCUUCCUUUUGCCAGUAAAGCCACCCCUAUUCUCACCUUAUUUUGCAUAAUUGCAGCUCUGGUCCAGGUACAGACUCUCACUGUCUCUGCUUUUGCUAUAUGUAUGGAUGCAGUGCUGACAAACCUAUUGCUCCUGCUCUGAUUUUGAGUUCAUUUAGAACAUAGAGACCUGUAUCCAGACUUGAUAUUUAAUACGGGACAAUGUUAAUGAAUUUCAUGAAACCACUAUCUUCUUACAGUAUCUGUCAAAAACUUUAUUAGUAGGAUGGAUGGUGGAGAAUUUUUGUGGUUUUUUUUUCUUAGAUUUUGGCAUGACCAACAUUUAUUAUGACUCCUGAAGUAUAGUGUAGCUAGCAAUUGCUGAAGCUUGCAUACUAAGAAAUUAGACUGAACAGGUAGCAUUAAUGCUUGUGCAUUUAUAAAUGUAACUUGGUCCCUAACAUUGUAUACUAUUCAGUUUUGAAUAUUAGAAUUUGCUUGUGAUAUUUAUUUCAUAUGGGGUAUGCAAAAUCACUAUAAACAUUUGCAUUGUGGGUAUCUCUAUAUAUCUAUAAAUACAGCAAGGAGCUUGAACAGCUGAGUUAUUUUAUACAUAGUGCAGUGUUGAAUGGUUCCAUUUUCCCAACUCAUGGGCAGGAGUUCCAAAGCUGACAAAUUUUGUUGUGGAAAAGAGCCAUUACUUAUACAAAGCUCACUAAUGGCUUUGUUGUUGCUUUCAGUUUUGCUUGGCUAGUCCUUCAUCAAAUAAGGUGGAUGGUUGAGAUGAGAAGUCGAUAUGAAUUAAAAGUGACUCAGAUGAGUGUGGGAUUUGCACAGCAGGGAAGUAAAGUUGCACUUGAGCUAGGCAGUUAUCCUCUGGUUAUACAUCUCACUGAAGACCCCGAUUCAGCAGUUAAGUUAAGCUGAAGAAGAUUUUUUGGGAGUACACUGAUACUGCCUGUGGAAACUGUGUUUGAGUUGAAACUGAAUUUAUUGCAACACAGGUACAAACCAUGCACAACUAUAUUACCACUUAAGUAAGAAGGAAUUAAGUACUGGCUUAAACUUUUGGUUGAAAUGGAAUUUGAAGUCAUAGCAAAUCCCUGAAUUAGUAAGCAUUUUAGGCCAUAAAAUCUAACAUUAUAUUUCACAGCCAAAUUUUUCUUAUAGAUUUAGGGAAAAAAAAAUCUCCAUAGACUCUAAGCAGGAGCCAGCCCUGUAAACAUCACUUAAAGCCCUAACUGGGCAUACCUAUCUGUAGAGAGAUCUUGUUUUUCAGCGUGAUUUCUGCCCACAUGGGAAUGAAAUUAGUUUGAAAGCUUUACAGCAGUGGCUUUUGUGUAGCUGUGAAUUGUCAUCAGAGGAGGAGUUCCUGAAGAGGGAGUCAGAGAUCAAGUUAGUUAACACCAAUUUAAAAUUCAGAGAUCAGGACUGCUGUAGUGCCUUUAUUUAUUCAUUUGGUCAAAUAAGUGGUAGAUUGCUGCAGGUACCUAAGCCCUUUGAUAAGGCAUGACCUUCCCCUUCAUACCCUGCAGAAGAGCUUGGGUCCUGAAAGUCAGCCUGUUUUCUGUGUUUCAUCAAACAUAACUCAAAACAUUUGCAUAGCUCGAAAGUUGUUUCUCCAACUGUAAAAAACACUACUCUUUCCAGUCUCACUUUGAAUUUAAGAUUAACCAGUGAUGUUUCUUCCCACAAAUUACUUCAGCACAUACCUUGCUCUUCACAUGGAACCAUGCUGCUUCUUUGUGUAAUAUAUUUUAUGGAUGUGUCAAGUCAGGCUUAGGCUGAAGUAACAUGUGGGUUGUGACCACCAUUCCUGGUCUUGCCUGGAGGUUUGAAGAACCAAGAGGCAGAAGAUAGCAAAUGUCUCUUCCUCAUCCUUGCUCUGAGAUACCAGGGCUCAAGCCUUGUCUCUGGUUCUGAGGAGGAAGAAGAUGCUACUCCUUAAUGAGGUUGUCUGGAGCUCAUGGUUUCUUCUACCUCUCUUUUCUCCUGUCUCAGGUUCUUUUCCUCUUUCCCACUUCCAUGAGAAGCAGCAAACACUGAUUUGGGGGUUUCUAUCUUGCUGACUUUUGUGGUUAUCAUUUUCACUAAUGUUUGUUACCAUGACUCUAUCUCACUGACACUAUCAUCAUUGUUAUGCAGCUCAAAAGACAAAAGUGGGAUCUUCAAAGCACCUGGGGCAGCCAGAAUCCCACCUUGAAGUAAAGGUCAAUAGGAAUUAAAUACUUCAGCCUUUGUAAAAUCCAGUCAAACACAAGCAUGUGUACAGACUCACCUGUUAACUUUGGCAUCAAAGCUUACCCUAAUUCAUUUACGUGGGUGAAUUCUUCUAACCCCAGUUCCAUUACAGUGCCCAUGAAUGAAAUAAUCCUGGCAGUUGAAGUUGGCAUGUAAACUGAAAAGAGGCUGAAGAUCUUCUUUGAAUUCCACAUGCAGUUUGAUUUAUUUUUCACAGCUUCCCUCACUUGACAAGGUAGGGUGAGGCUAGCACCCAGCUUGCAAGGAUGAGUGAUGCUUAAAAGUAAGGCUGUUUUGGAGGGAAGACCCUGUGCAGGUGAGAAGGCAAAGGGUGUAUUGAGAAGCUCUCUGGCUAACUCAAAGGGAGAAAGGGUAUUGUGCAGUCUCCAGUUAUUGGAUCCACUUGGGCUUUUUCAUUUGUGUUUUGUUCGCUUUCUGCAACCUCUUCUCCUAAAGCUUGAACACUUUGACCAACAUGGUGAUACCAGGCUGAAAAUGUGUUACAAUAGCAAUAUUAUUUAUAAACACGUGCAUAGAUACCUGUGAUCAUUGCUGUUAGUCAUCCAUUGCCAACCAGCACAGUGUGUGUCUGCAGUAGGAGUUUCUCAUGAGUCAAAUGUUGCAUUUCUAUGAUAUUUCAGGGUCGUUUUUAAUUUUCCAUCUCCCAAAGCAGACCUCUGCGAACACUCUAGCAAGAGUGUUUAAAGAACUAGAACCCUGUGUAGUAUUUAUGCUUGUGUUUGUUUACUGUUACAUGAUAGAAGGGGAAAAAACAUUGGGUUUGAACAUCUUUGAGCUAACAGGAAUUCUGUCUGUAUCCAGAUCCUAAAUUUGUGCCUCAGACAACAUCCUUUGCUGAUGGAAAUAGCCCAUUUUUAUCUCAUUGGAAUGUUUGCUUUGGAGACUACAAAUGUCCUUUUUAUUUAUGCUUAAGCAAUCUGAGAAGAGAGGCAGGUUUUGCCUGGCUGGUUUCCACACCUGACAUGGUGAGAAAAUGCUAAUAUAGCUUCAUGAGCACUGAAAUGGCUUUAGAAAUAUUUCUGUUUAUGGUCCUAAUGCCUUAAAUUGCAUGUUUCUAUUUUUGUCCUCUAUGAGAAUGAGGAAAACGAACCUGAGCUGUACUUUCGUAUACAUAGACAUGUAUCUAAAAGUUUUUAUUUUUUUUUUGAAAUGACAAAAUGACAAUAAUUUAUGAAACUAGCAACUACAUAGAAAACAGCACUUUGAUGUAUUCCUGACACAGAAGGGAAAAACACAACUGCACUCUCUCAGAAAACAUUUGUUUCUAGAAGUUAGACAGCAAUUUACUUCAUAUAUAGCAAGUGUUGCUUAUUUCAGUGCAGGCAUGUUAUUGAUAGUCUCUUUCCAUUCUGUUGUUGGGAAGUGUAUUUACAUAGCAAUGCUUUCUCUUCAGUUUCUUUUUUCCAUGCCAAAGAGUACAAUUUAACUGCUAUUGCAAACACAGAUUAACAUGAAUGUAUUCACCUGAGUGCUUCAACUUUUCUACCUCUUGUAGUUACUCUAACUUCUUGAACUGCCAAUACUGUCAAAACUGACCACAGUCAAAAGAACUGAAUCCCUGUGAGAGUUUAAAUCCUAUUUUCUUAGAUAGGUAAAGGAAUUAGGAUUGAACACUUAUUAGUUUCCUGUCAGAUCCUUGUUCCUAAAAAAUGGGCAUAUGCACCCAAGAAGGGUGAAUAGCACUUUGAUGUGUCAUAGAAUGCUUCUUUUAAAAUUCUUUUUUCUCACCAAAACAAAAAGCCAGCAGCUGUGAUUUGUUAGAUGUGGAAGGUUGUAUGUUACCUGGAAUGUUGCAUUUCACAGGGGUGACAGAAAGUGAUGAGCUACUUGUUAAAAUGCCUGUAACUGUCCAUCCCCACCUCCUGCCACUGCAAUAACUGUGAGGCACAGAUUUAAUCUCCCCCUCUGCCUUGGGAGACCCAAGCCUCUGUCCACACGGCAUAUGCUGCUACCAUGUUGUUAUCCUGGAUCCCCCUCAAAUCCUCAUAUUAAAGCUAUUCUAUUUGGCUUGAAAUUCCUGAAUAGCAGUGUUUUACCCUGGUGUUUAUCAAGGAGAUAAAGUACUUGGCAGUAAGAGCUGCACGCUGAAAUAAUUUGAAUUAUUUGUAUACGGUGAAAACCCAAUUUGAGAAGUUUUAUUCCCCCUUUCCAUUUGACGGUGUUGUAAAGUGAGGGUUGAGAGAAUCUAUCAGAAGGUGGGACUGAAGAUUUUUUGUUACUGAAGAUUCAUUGUUACUGUCUCAGGUGAUUUGUCACACAGGUGGGUGAGCAGUCCUGUGACAAAAUUAUUCUCUAUUUACUUUUUGUUUUCCCCUUGUUUCCACCAAGAUUUGGACAAUAUGACCCAGUUUGUAUGCAGGUUCUGAAGAGUAUUUAUGAAUGUAAGAAAAAUUGCAGCUCCUAUGUAAAAAAAAUAAGAACAAGUGUUGCAGUUUUUCCCUGUUCUCAGUUGGACUCUCUGGAGUAUGAUGUUAAGCCCUUCCCUUUACAUAAGCCAGGCCUGAUUCAGAUGACAUGUUGCUCUAGGAGGCUCCCAAGGCUGGUGCCAGCAGACCCUCAAGGAACAUGGUAAAGUUAGAUGAGUGCUAUGUUAAGGCACGGAAACAUUUGAUAAUCAUCUCUGAUGAUAUCCCACAUAAUACAUUCCAGAGUUCUUCACCCUCUCACUCCUGCAGCAGAGGGAAUUAUUAUUUUCCCUGUUAACACUGUGAAGUCCAAUAGUUUGUCUCUGAGGUACAGCAUAUCUUACUGUAAGACAGAGAGUCUUGAUUGCACCAGUUAACCCGUUCCACUUUCUAGGCUGCUGCAACAGCUUUAACUAUCAUUGUUAACAGAGUGUUCUACAUUUGACUUUAAAAAGUGCUAGCUAUCUCCUUAUUAAAACACAGUUUGCUGGAUUUGAAAGCAGUCCUUUUGCUAAAUGAAACCUCUGUGCUGAACAGCGUCCUUCCAGGGGAAGAACUAUGACAUCAGGGUCCACAGCCAGUGCAGACUGAUGAUAUCAAAGCAAUUCUGGUCAAAUACCCUCUGAAUAAAACUAUUGCUGUCUUUCAGCCCGAGUUACACAAUUGUGGUCUGAAGUACAGCCCUUGGACGUUUUUUGAAGGUUUAUAGACAGAGCAAAACAACAGCAAUAAAUUCCAACAGUUCCACUGACACCUCCUUCCCCUGGUUCCUUCAAUUGCCAAAACCAUUCCUGCAGCCUUCACAGAGGGUUUUAUCACCAUCAAGCUGAUCAAGCCUUAUUUCUCCUAUCUCUUUCUUCUGAGGACAAGGAUUGCUGAGGGGAGUGGAGAGUGCCAUAAAUCAGAACAGAAACAGGUAGUGAGAAGAACUGUCAGCACAUUUCCUAUGAGGGAUUUUGGCUUUCAGGCUGUGAUAUGAGGGACCCAGCAUGGCACUGCCUAUUGCUUACUACCUGCUCAUACGGCUUCACAAACUGCAAAGCACCUCCCUGAAGCAUGUGUUGGCCUAAACUCUGCUUCCGGAGAGAGCUACCUGUGUCAGCUGUGCAGAUACCUAUUGCAAAGGUGCUGGCAUUGCCACCAGGUUUGGAGGAACUGCUUUUUAAAACUCUUUCUGUGUUGAGAGAUCCAUAUACCCUAUGCCUGGCCAUUUGCCUGGUGUAGCUCGUGGCUUGUGUGGGGAAGGAAAAGCUGUUCCCAAAUCUCCUAGACUUGCCUCUUUUGAAAGUAGCUAUUGAAAUCCAUUGUUUUAAAGGUUUGGGAGUUCUGUGUGAUACCACCUGCAAAGAUCUGAAGCAGAUCUUCUUUGCUUAUGUCAGUACAGCCUCUCUGAAAUGUAUGUCCUGUGAUUUAUGUAUUCAUGAGGUACUGUCUCUUAUAUCUAUGUCAGAAAAGCUUUAUAUAAAGAGGUCCUUGUGUAAUGGAUAUUUGGGGACAGAACUAAUGACUUUUCAUGGCUUUUUUUUUUUUUAACUAUUGAAAGCAGUAGAGGGGCAGAUCCUCUGCUGAUUUACAUAGCUUAGCUUCGUGAACCGUGCUGAAGCCACACGAGUCCACACAAGCUGAGGGUAUAGACUGGUCUGUUUUGAAUAUUAUCUCUGUUGAUUUGUGUGGUCUUUUGCAGUGUAAUGACUGCUGAUUUGGAGCUUUAAUUGCAUGCAUUUGACAAAAACAGAACUGGAGUGAGUUUACUAUUGUUUUGAUAUAGUCUCAAAAGGGAAGCUUUUUACUAGCAUUUUAAUAUAGCCCUUUGUAAACGCUUGGCAAAUAAAAAUUCUGAGUCCAAUCCUUCUGCUAAUGGAGUCACUGAAAAAGUUCCCUUUGGCUUUACUAGGAGCUGGAGUGGGUUCAAUAUAAGUGAUACACUCUUGUGUUACUGAGUCAACGUGUUUUAUAUAUGGAUGCUUUUUGCUGGGCAGUACAUUGGCUUUUUAUGAUUUGGUGAUACACAAAUAAAUUAUUUGAAAAGUCAA